CACCCUCUUCACAUAUGAGCCAUAUACGUGACUGUUGGCACCAGGAGGACCUCACCGUGCUUCAGGAAGUAGUUUGUGGUUCAGCUCUGUCUCCAGUGAAGAAACAGUGGCAUCCUUUGCUGUUUGUAAAGAAGUAAAAAAGGGAGAUAAUGGUCCAGCCUACCUGCCCUACCUGCAGUUUUGAAUUUGUGGCGCUCAAACUGCAACAUGAUGGACUGUGUCCUGCGUCUCCUCCUCGUGUCGGAGGUCUUUCAAAAAGGUCUGACAGCUGUGAUAGAAACACAGCAGACUGUGAUGGCUGCAGUGGGAGACAGAGCCUGCUUAAACUGUCAUCUGAUGGAGUCCAAACGUGUUGUUCAAGUCUCAUGGCAGAAAAUUUUACCUGAGGGGGAGAAGAAUCUCGCUUCUUACGACAAGUACUUUGGUCAAAAAGUGAAUGAUGGUUUCCAGGACAAAGUGGAGUUUAAAGAUGCUGGACUGCAGAACUGCUCCAUAGUUAUCAGAGGAGUGACGGAGCAAGAUGAGGGCUGCUAUCGCUGUUUGUUUAGUACCUACCCUGAUGGUGUUCUCAUCGCUAAAACCUGCGUCAAACUCUAUGAGCUGCAUGAACCCGUCCUACACGUCAGAGAAUCAAACUCUUCUGAAGAGGCAGUUGUGUCCUGCUCGGCCACGGGUCGACCUGCUCCCACAGUAACACUGACCGUCCCUCACUACAACUCUACCAGCGUCACCAACACCAACGGUACAGUCACCGUCACCACUACAGCUGUGCUGAAUCGUCUCCAUGGCAACAGCAUACAGGUUGGAUGUGCAGUGCGAGUGCUGUCUGGUCCUCAGACAGACGUGUUUACUGUCAUUCCUGAGGUCAAACAGCCGCCUGCUGAUGGUGAGGAAUUCCUCCAGACAUCCAAAGAGGAAUCAGGGACUGAAGAUUUCACUUGGAUCCUUGUGUUGGUCGUGGUGGUGUCCUGUGUAUGUUUUGCUGCUGCAGUCAUCGUCGCCCUGUGUGUACAAAAACAUCGGAACAGUCUGUCACAAAGGGACUCUGAAGGGAACAAGACACCACAAAAAACGACCAACGUUCCUGAGCCCAAAACACCUUUACUGAACCAAGAGAAUGAGGUACGGCAACGAACGUCUUCUGUGAAAAAUAAAAAAAGUGGCUAUCCAAAAGAAUCACCUCAGCCAGCAUGCUGUCCACGAAAGCUGUUUUAA